GCCUCGAGCAGCCCCGCCCCCCUCGCCGGAGACCGGGCAGGCGGGCGGCUCGCGGCGGCGGCGGCGCAGACAUGGCUGCGCUGGUGGAGCCGCUGGGGCUGGAGCGGGACGUGUCCCGGGCGGUGGAGCUCCUCGAGCGGCUCCAGCGCAGCGGGGAGCUGCCCCCGCAGAAGCUGCAGGCCCUCCAGAGAGUCCUGCAGAGCCGCUUCUGCUCUGCCAUCCGGGAGGUGUAUGAGCAGCUCUACGACACGUUGGACAUCACGGGCAGUGCUGAGAUCCGGGCCCACGCCACAGCCAAGGCCACAGUGGCUGCCUUCACAGCCAGCGAGGGCCACGCACAUCCCAGGGUAGUGGAGCUGCCCAAAACAGAUGAGGGCCUGGGCUUCAACAUCAUGGGGGGCAAGGAGCAGAACUCCCCCAUCUACAUUUCCCGUGUCAUCCCUGGAGGUGUGGCUGACCGCCAUGGAGGCCUCAAGCGUGGGGACCAGCUGCUGUCAGUGAAUGGUGUGAGCGUUGAGGGUGAGCAGCAUGAGAAGGCAGUGGAGCUGCUGAAGGCAGCCCAGGGCUCGGUGAAGCUGGUGGUGCGUUACACACCUCGAGUACUGGAGGAGAUGGAGGCCCGCUUCGAGAAGAUGCGCUCUGCCCGCCGGCGCCAGCAGCACCAGAGCUACUCGUCCUUGGAGUCUCGAGGCUGAAACCACAGUGUUUGGACCCUCACCCUGCCCCCUCCCCUGUACAGUAUUUAUUGUCACCGGCUCCUUAUUUAAAGAUCUUUGACCCUCA